GACGCCCACAGCACGACGGCGGCCCCGGCGCCCGCGCCGCCCUCGCUGGUGCGCGGCAAGCCGUACCUCUGGCCGGUGAACGCUGUCUACGUCAUCAGCAUGCCCGAUCGCCCCGAGCGCCUCAAGAGGUUCAAGCAGGUGCUCGAGUUCACCACCGGCGUGCCCGGCGACCUCGUCGAGGUCUCCCCGGGGGUCAACGCGGAGGACGCCGUCAGGAACCACGCCUGGCCGCUGGAGCUGCUGCCCGGCCUGUACACCGACUUCGAGGCGGGGCACGUGGGCAACGUGGGCUGCGGGCUGGCGCACAUGUCCGCCUGGAAGCGGGUGCAGGACUCGCCCAGGUGCCAGGCGGACGGCGCGGCCGACGAGUACGCGCUCAUCUUCGAGGACGACGAGUGGGUCAAGGGCGUGUUGCCGGCGGCCCUGCGGCGCCUGAUGCAGCUGGUCGAAUCGAGCGACGGGCCCAAUCUUUUGUUCCUCGAUUCGUCAACCUGA